CGCUCAUUGAGAGCCGGAGGUCCGCCGCGUUUGGAGCCGCGCGCCGCAAGCCGCAGACGGGAGAGCCUUCAGGGAUUGCCUCGACAGCGUGUUCCAGCCCGGAGCCCCGCGCCGCUGCUGGAUUUAUUCUGCGAUCUGCAGCUGGUAAAUCAUCAACCGGCUCUGACAUGGCCAAAAGGAAGAUGGACGGCAUCGGGCGGAGCGGGAUGGUGGCACUCAUGCUGCUGUGUAAUCUAACACAGAUUUUUGUGAAGGCGAGCCUGGAGGUCAAUGAAACCCAGCAGCAGCAUCCAAACAACGUCUACCAUGACAUAGGACUGACCCGGAACAAGAUAGUUACAGCACAGUUUGAGUGCUAUCAAAAGAUAAUGAAGGACAGUCCGCAGAGCAAAGAAGGUAAGCCCAUGUGUAAUCGCACGUGGGAUGGCUGGCUGUGCUGGGACGACACCAGGUCAGGCGUCAUCUCAGAGCAGCACUGCCCGGACUACUUCCAGGAUUUUGAUCCUUCAGAGAUGGUGACAAAGAUCUGCACCGACAGCGGCCAUUGGUUCCUGCACCCGGAGAGCAACCGGACCUGGACCAACUACACCCGCUGCAAUGAACACACCAAUGAAGGCAGAGUGACUGCCAUGAAUCUUUUCUAUUUAGCUCUCAUUGGACAUGGACUCUCACUGACCUCCCUCUUCAUCUCCCUCGGAAUCUUCUUCCAUUUCAAGAGUUUAAGUUGCCAAAGGAUCACCCUCCACAAAAACCUCUUCUUUUCUUUUGUUCUGAACUCUGUGAUCACCAUCAUUUGGUUGACCGCAGUUGCAAACAACCAGGAGCUGGUGCAGAGAAAUCCAACGAGCUGCAAAGUGUCCCAGUUCAUUCAUCUGUACCUGUUUGGCUGCAAUUACUUCUGGAUGCUGUGUGAGGGGAUAUACCUGCACACUCUCAUCGUGGUGGCCGUGUUUGCCGAGAAGCAGCACCUGAUGUGGUACUACCUGUUAGGCUGGGGCUUUCCUCUCAUUCCGGCUUCCAUACAUGCCAUUGCUCGCAGUUACUACUACAAUGACAACUGUUGGAUUAGCUCCAAAACAUCGUUGCUCUACAUCAUCCACGGUCCCAUCUGUGCUGCUCUCUUGGUCAAUUUGUUCUUUCUCCUGAACAUCGUGCGAGUGCUCAUCACCAAGCUGAAGGUGACCCAUCAAGCCGAGUCCAGUCUCUACAUGAAAGCGGUGCGAGCCACCCUCAUCCUGGUGCCUCUUCUGGGAAUUCAGUACGUCCUGCUUCCCUACAAGCCACAGGGACGCGUCUCCUCCGAAAUAUACGACUACAUCAUGCACAUACUCAUGCACUACCAGGGUCUGCUGGUGGCCACCAUCUUCUGCUUUUUCAAUGGAGAAGUCCAAGCGGUUCUGAGGAGGCACUGGAACCAGUAUCAAAUCCAGUUUGGCAGCAGCGUAGGAAACCACUCCGAUGCCCUGCGUUCAGCCUCGUACACGGCUUCCUCCAUCACCGAGGUGCAGGGCUGCUACACCAUCGACAGCCACACAGAACACAUGAACGGCAAAGGCUGCCACGAUGCGGACGCCUCCAUCUUAAAGUCGGACAGCCCCUUCGCCUGACAGCAACACCCCCCCCCGCCUCACCACCACCUUAAAAAGUGCAGCAUGUUUGGAGCUCCGUGGCAACCGGGGAAAUUGCCUCUUCCUAUAGAUACAAUGUUGGAAGCAAUGAGUUUGGAAAAGGAUUUUCUCCCCAGACACUCACCCACCUGAAGGAAACUGUCACCUGUCUGUCACAGGGACACCGGCCCUUUAACAGUGCUGUACGGUGAGCAUACAACUAUUCCUGCGCUGGGCUUUGUCCACUAUUUGCAACCGAACUGCUUCUCCUGGACAAAGAUGCAUUCUGAUAAUCACAGUCUUGUUGCGAUCUUUCCGCCUGACAAAAUUGUUUCAAAAUGGAUAAAUUUGAACUGCUUGACUGUCCUUUUUGGGGUCAUGUUGUGCACAAAAGCCUUUGAUUACACUGUAAAUUCUUUUGACAUGGUUAGUGCCAAAACCAAGAACUCCUUGCCUGCCUCAUUUAUUUUUUUAUAUUCAGUACAGAACCAGAACGAAGAUAGGAUGUGUAACAGGUGCAUAAUAAUAUAUUAAAGCUAUAUUAUAUCUUUCACAUGUUAAACUUAAUUUAUCUGAACAUAUUCUCUUGUUUAUUAAAUGAAUUUUAAAUAAAUACCAUACAGUAUUUAUUAAAGUUGACAUGCUACAUUUUUUAAUCAUAAUGACUUGUUGCCAGCUUCACCUAAAUUUUCAAUGUAUUUCUCGUGUGUUUCAGUGUUUGAUUCAAUGUGUACAGUUAAUAUGUGCAGAUAAUUUGCAGAGUCAUAGCGUUAGCUUGCAGAUUUAACCAUGCUAAUGUUUGAGCGUGUCUAAGUGAUCCUUACUGACAUCCUGUAAACCACACGGUUGGUCGUAACGUAACAUUUUGAUACAAAGUCAUCACCGAGAAGCCAUCAUGAAAUGACAUGUACUCCAGUCUCUACUCAUUAUAGUCGAAUGUACAGUGAAGACUGAAGACCCGGCUCUGAACAUACGUGCAUCACAUUCCCAUUCACUGCUGUCUGUAGCCUUACUCUUCUCAAAUUACUCAGCUAUAACCAAUAUUUAAGCAUUUCCAGGUGUUCAGACUGAAAACAGCACUGUGUUAAAAAUGCAGGCGGCUCCUUUGGUGUUGGUAAUGGUGAGAAAGUGAAAUACAAUCCAGGAAAGCUACUUUGAGUGAUGCAUCCAUGCCUUUGGGAGCUCUGUUUGGAUAUCCCAAGCCCAUGUUAAUACAAUGUGAGCUGGUGGCUGCAAUAAUUCCUUGUGCUCGUCAGUCCCUUUGUUGUGCAACGGCAUUGUUGGAAAUGGGGCACAAAAUCCAAAGUCAAAGUCUAAACUUCAACUGAAUCUAAUAUAUUUAGCCAAAUCAAGUGAAUAUCUCUGUGUUGGCUGGUUGUGGGAAGGUUUAGUACUGGUAAACGACCAAAAACUCUUUCAACAUGUAUAUCACAAGUAUUACAUGAAAGGUCCAGUAUGUGCAAUUUAGGGCGAUCUAUGGCAGAAGUGGAAUAUUCAUAUAAGUAUGUUUUAGUUAGUAUAUUUUAACCUGGAAAUAAGAAUUGUUGUGAAUUCAUUACCUUAAAAUGAGCUCCUUAUAUGUACAAAGGGAGCAGGUCCUUUUUCACCAUGUCCACCAUAUUGCACCGCCAUGUUUCUACACUACUAACAGACAAACCAAACACUGGCUCUAAAGAACCCUUUUUACAAGUUCCCCUGCUGCUGUCAGAAGGAAGGAAGGGGGAGGGGAGGGGUGUUCUGCAAAGAUAGAUGCCGCUAAAUCCUGCACACUGGUCCUUUAAGAUAGAUCUGAAAAAAUGCAAAUUAAUGCUAGAGGAAAGUGAUCAUGGCGGAAAUCAUUUUAUUGUCUUUCUCAAUGUUGGUUGGAACGUCAAUGUUGUUACAAAAGGAAUGCACAUCGAGUUCCAGAUGAUACUGGGCUGCUUUGCAGACCUGGAAAAACAGGGUUCUCAAAAGCUCAUUGAAAUGAAUGAUUGGGCCGCCUUUUUUCACGCCGUGCUAGUGUCAGUCUGGACACAGCCUUAUUCAGAACUGUGAUGAUAUUGUCAUGUCUCACAAGAAGCUGUGCAAAAAAAAAAAAAAAAUAGUGCAAAAACAUUGCGAAGCAUUUAGCUGCAGCAGGCUGGUCAGAAAUCAUUGCACUUAUUUACAGUCAUGCUGUCAUUUCAUCCACCCAAACCCAGACCCUUUAUUUACUCCUCCUGUUUUUUAACACAUCGUCCACAAUGCUGGGAACAUAAGUCACUAUUAGCUGAUGUAAAUAUUUUUGUAAAUUUAGUGUUUCUGAAAAGAGGAUACGUUGAAUGUGUGCGUGUGUGUGCGCGCAUGAUUUAUAUUUACAGUAUUUAUGAGUACAUUAUACUCACAAUCAUUCAACCAUGAAGCAGCCGUCUUAUGUGACAGUGUGUGGGGCGUGUUGUUUGUUCUACUUCCAUGUUUUACAAAGGGAGGGGUGGGAAAUGGGCCGGGGCUAUUAACUGGGAGCUUGCAACAAGUGCAGUCACUUUUCUGUGUUGAAGAAAGAAAAGUACCACUUCCUUUGUAAGUUAUCCAUCCCAUAUCAGCACAACCGACAUAAACACGUGUCCGGUUGAUAGAAGCCUCAUGUGAAGACUCACAUUCGACCUUCCAAAGGGCGUUUCUUUACUUUUUCAGUGAAGUGAAGUGACAACAAAAACAUACAUCUUCUGUCACAAGUGUGCCUGUCGAUUGUUUUUUUUUUUUGUUGUCAUUUUUCUUUUCGGUAUCUGAGUAUGAGAUGGACAACCUGUUCAGAUACACAGUCCAGAAAUACCACCUUCAACAAAAUGUCAGUACAUUUGUGGUGGAUGAGUCAUCCCUCACAUUGCUUGCUAUCCGUUUGUUAUAAUGAUUACGGAAUAUGUCCGUCUCCUCAUCAGUCUCUGAUACAACUGUGAUGACUUACAUCGCUCGAUUCUGCACAAGAAAAGGAAACGUGACGUGUUUUGAAGAAACAUAUACAUUUAUUUUGUUGUGUUUGAGGUGAAGGUUGGAUUUCAGACACAGGAACAUGUUCACAGUGUUGUAAGCAGCAGGUAUCAUGCAUGCAGCUUUUUUAAUGUCAGAUCUGCAGGACAGUUUCUCCAUUCAGUCAUAAAGUAUACAGCCUACAUUUAUGGCUGUCGCAGUACUGAUUUACAGCACAUAAUUCAUGUACAGUGACAGCAUAAACCGAGUCACCCGCUGUGUGGUGAUGCAUCAGAAUCGUUUAUGCAGUCAUUUCAUGACGGCGGUGGGAAAGCCUCUUGGCAGAUGUCGUAACUCCUCUGUACCAUUUCAGUUUUGUAUUUAUGAGUGAAAUGUUUUCAUAUGACUCCAAAAAGUUUGUGAAGUCCCCGGUGACAAAAGCAUUAUGGACAAUGUCUGUAGUUUUUGUUAAUACUGUACUGUAUUUAACUUUGGUAGUUCUGACACGUUGACUCCACACUACUGUUUGAAUGUAACUGGUUGUGUUUUAUUCUCUGGAUGUGAAAAACAUAUAUAUGUAUGUUUUUUUAUUAUUAUUAUUUUACUGAAUUAGACAAUGUUGCUUUCUUGUGUGUAUCUGCAUACUAAUACAGUAUAGCACAGCA